AUGUCUAGAGUGCUCUUGGGUCUCCUUCUGGCGUCCACGGCACAGUGUCGUAGCCUUUUUCUUGCCCGGAGGGAUUGCACGUUCACCGUCGAGGCCGCAGAGGGUGACACAUGUUCCUCCCUCUCUGACUACUGGGGCAUCACUGAGGCCCAGUUUGAGAGUUACAACCCGGGCGUUGACUGUUCCUCGACCCUAACUGCCGGUGCUGAUUACUGCAUCGAAUGGGACGACGGCCAACUGCCAACUAGCACCACCACCUCUACCACCUCCUCCAAGACUUCCACUACAACCACUACUACCACGGCACCCUCUGGGCCAUCGCCCACCCAGACGGGGAUCGCGUCAGACUGUGAUGCGUACUACAAGGUCGUUUCUGGCGACACAUGCUCCGGGAUUGUCGAUCACUUUGGGAAUUUCACCCUUGCCAACUUUUAUGUCUGGAACCCUGCUGUCGGCUCCGACUGCUCUCUCCUUUUCCUAGGAUACUACUACUGCGUGGGAACCACGUCGAGUGGGAGCGUGACCACCACUACAACGGCCACGACUUCCACUACGACCGGGCCACCCCAACCGGAGCAGACAGGCAUCAUCUCAACAUGCACAUCCUACUACAAGGUCUCCUCAGGGGACACUUGCUCGGCAAUUGUUGACAGCUAUGGUACCUUUACCCUGAGCGACUUUCUCUCAUGGAACCCGGCAGUAGGUUCAGACUGCUCUAAGCUUUUCUUGGGUUAUUAUGUCUGCGUUGGCGUUCCCGGCACACCCACUAGCAAGCCCACGACCACGACCUCGACCACGAUCACGACUUCCACGACAACUAGUACUGCCACUGGACCAACACCUACCCAGUCGGGUAUAUCAGCUAAAUGCAACUCCUACUACCUUGUCCAGACUGGCGACUACUGCCAGAAAAUUGUCGAUGAUUACGGCGACACGUUUACGCUGCAGCAGUUUUACAGCUGGAACCCGGCUGUCGGUGUAAGUCAUCUAUAA